UUGGCUGAAAAUAUUUUGAAAUCUCGUCACAAAAUAAAUGUUGUUUAAUUAAAAAGUGCCGAAAUUAUAUUGAUAAGUUGCAUUUAGCUCGUAAAAAUGAAAUGUGCAUCGUAAACAAACCAUAACACAGACAAUCCAAGAUAUGAGUUAAUGUGUGCUGAAGAAGUAGUCAAGAAAGAGUCGGAGGAUGCAAGCAGCCUGUCGGACUUCCGUUGUUUGUUAAAAACAUACCUUCUUUCUGGCGCAGUCGAAUAAAAAGUGUUGCCGCACGCGCGCUGACAGCGCCGCAUCGAUUCCCGCGCAAACAUCAAGUCGGCGCCCACGUGACCAGUAACAAUUUCAUUCCACGCCCAACGCCGCAUCGAGCAGACGUGUUAGAUUAAACUAAAGAAAACGCAUCUGUAUCUCAAGAAAACUCAUUUAACAUGCCAAGAAAAAAAAUCAGACCAGGAAUAUGGCUGGCACACGAGCUCGCACUUAUCAACGCUGUGAAGAAGUACCCAAUACUUUACAAGAAGGAUUACCGAUCAAAGGAAGAUGCGACGGAGGAAUGUUGGGAGGUCAUCUCAGCAGAAGUUGGAGUCCCUAAAGAUCAAUGCGUAGUGAAUUGGAUGAAGUUAAGAAAAGAUUACUUCGGAACAAUACACAGUCGACGAAAAUGUCUGCAGUUCCAUGAAUCACCUCUAAGUUUUCUAGAUUGUAGCAUUUUCGACAAAAUAUACAAGAGUGCGUCAGAUAGUAAGAAGAAAAACAAAAAUAAUUACGUCGCAGAAUGUGACCAAGAUUCAUUAAGUGAUAAGGAAUUUAUGACUGAUGAAGAAUUAAAAAAUCUUAUAAAACCAAAAGAAAAGAGAAAUAUUUCAACGCUUAGAUCUCACCCAAAUAGAAGUUUACCACAAACGUCAAUUCCAAAAUCAAAAGUCAUGAUUGCUGGAUCACACACCACUAAAACUGAUGAAAAGAAUUUAUCAGAGACAGUUACUGAAAUUAAAAUAGAGGUACCAGAUAUAGAUGACACGGAUGCAAAUGAAAGCAACCCUAAAAGAUUUAAGCCAAGCUCUGAUACUCCUUUAGAAUUUGAAAUACCAGCAACGACCAGUAUUGUGAAACAAGAAGUUGAAUAUAACCCGACAUUGACUGAUCUGUCUGUUGGUCUAGCUUCUAAAGAUGCCAAGACAUUUUACAAUGAAGUGGCUAGUUAUAUCACCAGCAAGUUUUCAGCUAAGAAGCAGACAGACAUACAGCUACGGAUCUACACUUUAUUGACACAUAUAGAAUUAGAAAAGUUGAAAGCCGCAAAGCAAUGAUUUAAUUUU